AUGAGCCGAGAGGAGGAGCCUAUCUGCGACCUGCUCGGCCUUCUGCUGAGCAACAGAAGGCCCACCGGCGCCGUCAAUGAGGUCUGGCCCGGCCUCUACAUCGGGGAUGCGGCUACCGCUCGGGAUAAACCCCUGUUAGCGAACCUGGGAAUCACGCACCUGGUGAACGCUGCUGACGGACCCCGGCACAUCGACACCGGGCCGUGCUUUUAUGUGGACACCGACGUUACCUACCACGGAGUAGAAGCAGCGGACCGUAAAGACUUUGACCUGAGCCCGUUCUUCAGCCCCACUGCAGAGUUCAUCCAAAACGCCCUGCUGCAAAAAGGUAAAGUCCUCGUCCACUGUGCGAGAGGAAUCAGCCGGUCAGCCAGCCUUGUGUUAGCCUUCCUCAUGAUAAAACAACAACUUACCCUUGUGGAGGCUAUCCAGGCUGUUCGCAGGCACAGGAAUAUUCUCCCAAACGCCGGAUUCCUGAGCCAACUCUGCCACCUGGACACGUCCUUAGCCCUGGAGAGGACGGGGAAGUAA